AUGGAGAAAAAGAGACGGGCCCGGAUCAACGUGUCCCUGGAGCAGCUGAAGGCGCUUCUGGAGAAACACUACGCCCACCAGAUCCGAAAGCGUAAACUGGAGAAGGCGGAUAUCCUGGAGCUGAGCGUGAAGUACAUGAAGAGCCUUCAGAGUUCCGUUGAAGGGAUGCCCGGGUUGACCAGCGCGGAGUACCAGGCGGGCUUUCGGAGCUGCUUGCACGGCGUCAGCCAGUUCCUGGGGCGCUCCCUGGACACCGGGCCCAGUUGGCACCGCCACCUGCUGCAGGACACCAGAGACAGCGGCAUCCCGGGAGCGGGCCCCGAGGUGCCUCCGCCUCCUCCUCCGGUGCGGCUGCCGGUCCUGGGCAGCCCCAACCCGCGGGACCCCCGGCGCCCUGCUCCGGCUUGCAUCGCCCCCCGGCCCUGCAGGACCAGCCCCCCGACGACCCCGCGGCCCGGGCAUCUCCCGCCCGAGCCCGGGACCCCGCCGAGCAACGAACCCCGGGGCACGGACGGAGCCGGCGGGGGAGGCAGGGAGCAGCCCGUCUGGAGGCCCUGGUGA